UUCAGCUCCUCCCCUACGUGGUGGCACACUUGAUCGGCUCCUGGAACGUGAACAGUUUGGCUGAAAAGCACUUUUCUAAAAAAUUCCAGGCAACACGGGCUACGGUAACAAUCGCUGUACUUCGGAAGAGUUGCUUAGUUCCUCAGUCGCUGUAAAAGGUUUUCGGGAUAACAUUCCUACCACAACGAUGGAUACUGGGGUUGGCUUGCACCCAGGCUUGCACUUAGCUCUGUGUACCUGGCUUUUGAUCUCCACUCAAAUUCAGUUAAUUGCCAAGGCUGAGAUAAGUUGCGCAUCGUGCGGUUCGCCAGUUAAACUAAACCGGGAGGAAUUACAACUGGACAAGCGCGUGGACUUGGUGAAGAGGCGAACAACACUCCCAAAAGAGAUCCGCAAGGAAUCUCAACGAUCCACAGACCUUAGCUCUGAGACAGGAGUUGCUGUUGGAGCAGCGGGUUUUGUCGAGGAUGUGGACAAAUCGGAUAAGGAUGUAAGCACGGAUGGAGUUGACAUGAAAGUAUCCCCCGAUGGUUCGCCUCAGGUCAGUGAAAAAGUAGCACGAUCAAAUUAUGCAAUUAUCAAGGAGGGGAACAAAUUAAGCGAGAUUGAUUCAAAGGAUACGGUUCAAAGGCAAAAGCGGAGUGGACCAGAACUAUCCGAAUUAAGCGAAGGAGUGAGAACCACUAGCGCCCUUCACGACGGAGCGCCGUCGGAUGACAGAAUCACAGGUCCAUUUCUGGACGGAGAGAGACUAAGCAGGCCCGAAGUGAGGUGGAACAGGGAUGAUGGAAAAGUGCAGAAUCCAAGACAAGAUGAGCCGAAACUAACCAGCACCACUUUCGCCUUGACGGGAGAUUCCGCUCACAAUCAGGCAAUGGUGUUCUGGUCUGGCCACAACAGCAGUGUCAUUCUGAUCUUGACCAAACUGUAUGACUUCAACCUGGGAACAGUCACCGAAAGCUCUUUGUGGAGGUCGACAGAUUAUGGAACCACCUAUGAGAAACUGAAUGACAAAGUUGGGCUGAAGAGAGUGUUGAGCUACCUGUACGUCUGUCCUACAAACAAGAAAAAGAUAAUGGUGCUGAGCGACCCAGAGCUGGAGAGCAGCAUCUUUAUCAGCACAGACGAAGGCGCCAGCUAUCAGAAAUUCCGUAUGAACUUCUACAUUCUCAGCUUGCUGUUUCAUCCGACGCACGAAGACUGGGUCCUGGCCUACAGCCACGACCAAAAGCUGUACAGCUCGAUGGACUUUGGAAGAAAAUGGCAGUUUGUCCAUGAAAAUGUGACUCCAAACAGAUUUUACUGGUCGAUAAUGGGGCUGGACAGGGAGGCAGACCUGGUGCACAUGGAGCUCCACACCGCUGAUGGACGUGCUCAGUAUAUAACAUGCAAAGCUCAAGGAUGCACGGAGUCGAGCAGAAAUCACCCUUUCCCAGGAUACAUCGAUACCAACUCCCUUGUGAUUCAGGAUAACUAUGUGUUCAUUCAGGUCACUGCAGCAGGAAGGGCCAGUUACUACGUAUCCUAUCAGAGAGAACCGUUCAUGCGUAUUAAACUCCCUAAAUACUCCCUUCCGAAGGACAUGCACAUCGUCAGUACGGAUGAGAACCAGGUCUUCGCUGCUGUGCAGGAGUGGAAUCAGAACGACACGUAUAACCUCUAUAUAUCAGACCCGCGGGGGAUCCACUUCACUCUGGCCCUGGAGAAUGUCAAAACCAGUAAGGGACUGGAAGGAAACAUCAUGAUCGACCUGUAUGAGGUAGCAGGGAUUAAAGGAAUGUUCAUAGCCAACAGAAAGCUUGAGAACCAAGCGAAGACGUACAUCACCUACAACAAAGGCAGAGACUGGCGUCUACUACAGGCUCCAGCUGUAGACCUCACUGGCAAUGAGAUCCACUGCGUUCUGCCAUUUUGUUCCCUGCAUCUUCACCUGCACAUGCCCGAGAACCCGUACACUUCCGGAAGCAUGGCCAGCAGGAGCUCCGCUCCCGGGAUCAUCGUUGCCACCGGUAACAUUGGAUCAGAGCUUUCAUUCAGUAAUAUUGGAAUGUACAUAUCUUCAGAUGCUGGGAAUAACUGGAGACAGAUUUUUGAGGAAGAGCACAGUAUAUGGUUUCUGGAUAAAGGAGGGGCCCUGGUUGCAGUCAAACAAGCAACUGUACCAGUUAGGAAUAUCUGGGUAAGCUUUGAUGAAGGAAGACAGUGGAGUAGGCACAGUGUCUCUUUAGUGCCUCUGUACGUGGAUGGAGUCCUCAUAGAGCCUGGCAUAGAGAAUCAGAUAAUGACAUUUUUUGGACACUUCAGUCACCGUUCUGAAUGGCAGCUGAUAAAAAUAGACUACAGGUCCAUUUUCACCAGGAGAUGCACAGAGGGAGACUAUCAGACCUGGCACCUCCAUAAUCAGGGUGAGCCUUGUGUAAUGGGAGAGAAGCAGAUCUACAUGAAACGGAGGCCAGGGAACCGUUGCAUGCUGGGACGUGACUAUGCCAGAAUUCUAUCCGCGGAGCCAUGUAUCUGCAAAGCCUCUGAUUUUGAAUGUGAUUAUGGAUAUGAGCGUCGGACAGAUGGGAACUGUCUUCCAGCUUUUUGGUUUAACCCUUCUAUGGUAUCCAGAAGUUGUAGUCAUGGGCAAAACUACCUCAACAGCACUGGGUACCGUAAGGUGGUCUCCAAUAACUGCACGAAGGGGGUGAAGGAGAUGUACGCGGCCAGGAAGCAGCAGUGUCCGAACCUGGCCCCCCGGGGCCUCCAGCUCGACACCCGGGAGGGCCGGCUGACUGCCACUCUCGGCAGCAAUGUUACGUUCCUCGUGCACCUGGAAGAAGGGGACUCCAUGAGGACCAACAUCCAGCUGGAUUUUGGGGAUGGGACUGCAGUCUCCUACUCUAAUCUCAGCUGGAUCGAGGACGGCAUCCGACACGUCUACAGAACGGCGGGGAUUUUCAGAGUGACGGCGCUCGCAGAAAACAGCCUCGGGUUUGACAGCACUACCCUCUACUUGCACAUAACGUGUCCAGUAGAGCAUGUCCACCUCCUGGCUCCAUUCGUUACCAUCAGGAACAAGGAAGUCAACAUCACUGCUGUCGUCUGGCCCAGCCACUCCAGAACCGUUACCUACUUCUGGUGGUUUGGGAACAGCACUGAGCCAAUAAUAACGUUGGAUGGAAGCAUCGCACACACCUUUCAGACAGAGGGCAUGACAUCUGUUACAGUACAGGUGUCUUCUGGGGACAUCAUAUCCCAAGACACAAAGACAAUCGCAGUUCAAGAGUUUUUCAAAUCGCUGCUUUUAUCUUUCUCCCCUAAUCUGGAUGAAUACAACCCUGACAUUCCCGAGUGGAGACAAGAUGUUGGCAGGUUGAUUAAGAAAGCCCUGUUGCAAGUGUCUGAGUUUCCUGAGGAGCAGCUCCUGGUGGCAGUGUUCCCUGGUUUACCUACCGCUGCUGAACUUUUCCUUCUGCCAAACAAGAAUCAGUCAGAAGGAAAGAAAAAAAUUGAGGAGGAUCUUGAUCAAAUAUCAGAGAUUCUGGUGAGUGCCCUGAACCAAAAUCUGGUUGAUUUUGAACUGAAACCUGGGGAUCGAGUAAUCGUCUAUAUCACACAGUUAACUUUGGCUCCCCUGGUCGACUCCAGCCAGAGACACAGUAGCUCGGCCAUGUUGAUGCUUCUCUCUGUCGUGUUUUUGGGCUUAGCCGUCUUCUUGAUCUACAAGUUCAAAAGAAAAAUCCCAUGGAUCAAUAUAUAUGCAGAGGUUAACCACGAGAAAGAGCAGGAGAUGAUCGGCUCAGUCAGUCAGAGCGAGAGCACACCGAAAAUAUCACUCAGUGAGUUCCCCACUCCCAAGGAGCUCUUAGAGAAGGACAUGGACGUCAGGGUUACAGGAGGCAUGGGAAAUGUAUGCGAGAGCACAAGGGAAAUCCCCAACUGCACGAGUGUCUAAAAUGGGGGAUGUGUGUGUACAGACGUAUCGCCAUUUUGAAGGCACACUCUGCGGGUGGUGCCGUUCAAGAUGCAGCGAUCGGGAAGGCCAUUGCCACUCAUUGUUCCCCGCAAGACAUCCUGCUUUUCGAUUGGUCAGUGGUUUCCACUCUGCAUGGCCUACCGUGCCUUUGAAAGAUUAAAAGAAUAAAAAGCCCAUAUAUUUCCGUUAAAUCCAUCAUACAGAAUAAUACUGGUUAAACCCUGGAUAACACUACCUCUUUCAAAUAUGAUUAAACAAGUGCUUUUCAUUGUAAUAAACUUGAAUUUUUACUCAACAUAGUGGUACACAACAUUGCAACACACAUAUCUACAAAGCUUGCUUUUGGUUUUUUAGAUGGAAGUGGACACAUUUCAUGGGUCAUUUGUAAGUCCGUAUGAAUUCAUUCUGGCCAGUUCCAAUGGUCAUAAUAUAUUAAAUAAUUCAUGGUUCCAAAAUGACUGUGUCCAAAUGGCCACAUAACGUCCAGCUAUAAAUGAAUGUAUCUGUACUAGGCCUACGUGGUAUAAUACAAAUUAUAUAAUAUAUUUUGUAUUAUAUAACUGAACAAGUAUUUUAAUUAACUGUCAUUCACUAGUGUUGAUGUGCUUUUUAAAAGUGUUUUAAAGUGUUAAAAUGGCCUUGAGAAACGACCACUACUGUUUUCUCAAGCAGCAACAGUGAAACUGACACAUCAGCAUUAGUGAAGUGAAUCUAAUGUUUAAACAUGACUUAAUAUUGUUAGCAUUUUUCUAGUGGUGAUUAGUUGAUUUAUGUGCAAAGACAUGACUCAUUGCAUGGACCUUGAGUAGUUCAGCGAUUUGUUUUGGAUGUCCAGCUCAGUUCAGAGAGUUUAGCUGUUCCUUCGAUAGGAUAUAUUAAAUACUUAAGUUUAAGUUUUUAUCAGUGCAAUCAUUGUAGGUAAACUGUAUUUUCACAUGGAAUAAUGUCUUGAUCUUUAUAUGUAAUUUGAAAUACACAAAUGUAAUUUGAAGUUAUUCCAGUACAUGUCAACCGUGAUAUUAUAUUUCUGUUGAGCUUCAAUACAUCUGUUCAAAUGUGUAAUGUAAAAUGUAAUUCAGACAUGUUGGACAUUUGAUCUAUACAGUUGGAUGCUUAAUAUUAAUUAAAUAUUUGUGUUUCAAGAGGCUUCUAGUAAUUUCAAUAUUCAUUUGACAGAAUAAGAUACUAUUUAAUAAACACUUGUUUUAAAGUACAUAAGCAA